AUGAACUGUGAGCCAGAAAAUAUUGUGUACAGAGCUUACACUUUUUUCCAUUCAACAUUGGAAGGAGCAGGGACUGCGCAGAGUGAGUUACCACCUGAAGAUCCGAUAGAAUUGUUGCUAGGUGCACAGCAGGCUUUGUGGUUGGUAUUCAACCCGUCACUUUUAACGGGAGUGUUGCCGGUUGCCAUGACGGUCGAAGAGACCGCCGAUUCCCAGGAAGGCGUUCAGCGCCAGUACGAUGAGCCGUGGCGUUACCUACGAAGUGCGAAUAUGCCCCAUGCGGCGAAAACAGUGGCAAUGGAACAUGUCAGCGAACGUUGUUUGAUUAUGGCAACUGCCCUCCUGGUUUGA